CUAUGUGGCAAUAAAUCCAAACCACAUUUCAGUUUGCAGUAAAAAAUACAUUAUUUAAUUAUUUGAUGAAAUAAAAAGAUCAUAGUUUAAUGCUGAUAUUAGAAUUUAGAGAAUAUUGGCAACCCUGUUGGACUGCGACAUGGUAUUCUGAAUCACAAAGAAAAACAACACAAAGGCAAAAGCAACAACACCAACAAGAGAAACGCGGCCAUAUUGCCCGAGCCAUGUUUGACUGACAACAAAAUCCCCAACAGAGAGACGACGAGUGCAAAACAAAAUACCAAUACAUACACACUGGCGCACACACACUCGCGCAUUCACUCACACUGGCGCAGAGAGCGUGGCAUUGCCGAGGCAUAGAAACGAGACAAACUCGGCGCUAUAAACAGCAGUCAACGAUUUGAGUUCCAGCAGUCAGCACAUAAGAAACGUAAAAGCAGAGCUGAAAAAUCACAAAUUUAAAUUCAGCAACGACAAUUUAAUCAAGUUAAAAACAAACAAAAUGAAAUAUUUCAUUGUAAUCGCAUUCAUUGCGGGCAUCUGCGCUCUUGCGCAGGCCGAAGAGCAAACCUGUCAAGUCGACAUUCAGUCUGCUUGCGGACAAAGUUCCAACGGUGGUGUCAAGAAUUGUAAUGCUCGCUAUGGUGCCAUCGGCCAUUUGGAGCACAAGAUGGAGGACUACAUCCAGUUGCAGCUGAAGAAGUCGUACGAGUACAUGCUGAUGGCCACCCACUUCAACUCCUACCAGAUGAACCGACCCGGUUUCAAGAAGCUCUACCAGGACAUGUCCGAUCGUGCUUUCGACGACACUAUUGACCUCAUCAAGCAGGUGACUCGUCGCGGCGGCACCGUUGACUUCAGCAAGCCCAACACCCAUGGUAUCGCCCAUCCUCCCGAGGUGCAUCUCAGCGAACUGGAGUCUCUGGCCCGUGCUCUCGAUAACGAAAAGGAACUGACUCAGGGCGCCAUCCACGUGCACACCAGUGCCACCCACGCGAGCAGUGAGAGUCGCGUCCACGAUCCCGAGAUGGCUCAUUACCUGCAGGAUAACUUCCUCAGCAAGCAGGCGGCAUCUGUGCGCAAACUCUCUGGCUAUGCCAACGAUCUGUCCAAGCUGGUCAGCGUACGCGAGCCUUCCCUCUCUGUCUAUCUUUUCGACGAGUACCUGCAGAAGCAAUAAGCAACACACCCAAAAUAGCUGUUAUCCAAAUUCACUCAUCAUUCUGUUUCAAAAUACAACUAAAGUUUUCUAGUAUUAUAAAAAUUCCCCCCAAAAAAAUACUAAUAUAUUGAAAAAAAAAAAAAAUCACGCGCUGCGUUCUUCUAAAUUUGAAUUGUCAUCUGAGUUGUGUUAAAUAAAUCAAACCGCAGCAGUAGCAGCAACAACAAAAGCAGAAACAUCUGAUUUACAAUCGCUUAUUAUUCAACUUUGAUUUAUUUACCAGCGAACACACAAACAAACACACACACACACACACCUACACUACACACAAAACGCAUGCACAUGCUUUGUGAUAACGUUUAAGUUAGCAGUGUUCACAUGAGCAAAUGUAUCUUUAAAUUAUGUUACCGAGCUAAAUAAAUAAUUAAAUAAAUACCACAAUA